AUGCUAAAAAUGGUCGAGUUUUUUGGUAAGCUUUGUCUAGCACCUAUGGUGAGAAGUGGAGAGCUUCCUACUCGGCUCAUGGCAUUGAAAUAUGGUGCUGAUCUUGUUUGGUCUCCUGAAAUCGUAGACAAAAAAAUAAUUAAAUGUGAUAGAGUGGUGAAUGAAGAUUUAAAAACAAUAGAUUUCGUUGAAGUGGCUAAUCCAGAGAAAGUGGCUUUCAGAACAUUUCCCAACGUCGAAAGGGAUAAGCUAAUCUUUCAAAUAGGGUCCGCAGAUCCAGAAUUGGCCGUUCUUGCUGGAUUAAAGGUUGUGAGAGACGUCGCAGGGAUUGAUUUAAACUGUGGAUGUCCUAAACCGUUCUCGACACACUCAGGAAUGGGCGCUGCCCUACUCAAAACUCCUGAUCUUUUGGAGCAAAUACUUUUAAACUUAGUAGAAAAAGUUGGAAAGCCAUUUAACAAGCCUAUAAGUUGUAAGAUAAGGUUGCUCAAUGAUGAUGAUCCGAACCCGACGAUAGAUCUUGUGAACAGAAUUUGUAAAACUGGUAUUCUGAAUUUGACGUUGCAUUGUCGGACACCUUCAAUGAGAAAUAGGGAAUACCCAGUAAGGAAGUUCUUACCGGAGAUUAUUGCAAGCGUCUCCUCACAUAAUGUCAGUUUAAUUGUGAAUGGCAACAUCCAAUCGAGAAAUGAUCUAAUUAAGUUACAGUCGCUUUAUGGUCCGAAAGUAGGUGGCAUGAUAGCGGAAUCCGCCGAGUCGAAUCCAACUGUUUUUCUGAAUCGCCCCUUACCUUAUAAUGAAGUCAUAUAUGAGUUCAUCACCAUUGCAAGAAAAUUUAGAAACCAUCCAAGUAACACAAAGUAUAUUUUGCUAAACCAGCUACCUGGUAAAUCUAAGUACUAUCAGAUGUUUUGCCAGGCAAAAACUAAUGAAGAAUUUUUGGAGAUUGCAGAAGCAUUAUUAAAUGAGAAUGACUGUAAAAUUUUAUUCAAGUUCUUACAAAAAGAUAGAUUGGUAAAUCCAAUCGAAACGAUUGAAAUGAAAAAGCAUGAUGUGGAUGACAGAGUAGACAUGGGAAACAAAAAGAAACUAAAAUCAUUAAUUAGCGCUGUGUAA